AUGAGGCCGCAGGAGCCGCCGCAGGGCGGCCCCGCCGCCGCCGCGCUGCCGGCGCUGGAGGCGCUGAAGCAGCGGGCGUGUGAGAGCGUGGAGCUGAACGCGGCGCGGCUGGGCGCGCUGAGCCGCGACAUCUGGAGCCGGCCCGAGCUGGCCUACGAGGAGCACCAGGCGCACGACACCAUGACCCGCUUCUUCUCCAGCGGGGAGCUGCCGGGCGCCGCCUGGGCCGUGCAGCCGCGCUACAAGCUGGGCACGGCCUUCCGCGCCGAGUGGGGCACGGCCGCCCCUCAGGGCCCGCGCCCGCUCCGCGUCGCCUUCCUCUGCGAGUACGACGCUUUGCCCGGCAUCGGGCACGCCUGCGGGCACAACCUCAUCGCCGAGGUGGGAGCCGCCGCCGCGCUGGGGCUGAAGGCCGCCCUGGAGAGCCUGCCGCAGCCGGCGCCCGUCGCCGUCCAGAUCACGGUGCUGGGGACACCUGCGGAAGAACAAGGAGGAGGCAAAAUAGACCUGAUAAACGCUGGAGCGUUUGACGGCCUGGAUGUGGUUUUUAUGGCACACCCCUCGCAAGAAAAUGCGGCUUACUUGCCCGAUGUGGCCGAGCACGAUGUGACUGUGAAAUACUAUGGAAAAGCUUCUCAUGCUGCUGCUUAUCCUUGGGAAGGAGUUAAUGCAUUAGAUGCUGCUGUUCUUGCAUACAACAAUCUGUCUGUUUUAAGACAGCAAAUGAAACCGACCUGGAGAGUUCAUGGUGUAAUAAAAAAUGGUGGUGUGAAACCUAACAUCAUUCCUUCUUACACUGAACUAGAGUUUUACUUGCGUGCCCCUUCAAUGAAAGAUCUUUCUGUUCUAACAGAGAAGGUUGAGAACUGCUUCAAAUCUGCAGCACUGGCCACAGGAUGCAAAGUGGAAAUAAAAGGUGGUAAAAAUGAUUACUACAAUGUGCUUCCAAAUAAGAGCCUGCAGAAAGUUUACAAGGAGAAUGGAAAGCAGCUUGGAAUAGAAUUUAUAUCAGAAGACUCUAUCUUGAAUGGUUUGUCAGGUUCCACAGACUUUGGAAAUGUUACAUUUGUAGUCCCUGGGCUUCAUCCUUAUUUUUAUAUUGGCUCUGAUGCAUUGAAUCAUACUGAGCAGUACACAGAAGCUGCAGGGUCACAGAACGCUCAGUUCUAUGCUUUGCGCACAGCGAAAGCUUUGGCAAUGACAGCACUGGAUGUCAUUUUCAAGCCAGGUCUGCUAGAAGUAGUCAGGGAAGACUUUAGAGAGGUGAAGCUAAAAGAAGACGGGCAAAUAAAUCCAGUAGAACCUAACAAAGAAUCUGGCGUUGGCAUAGGAGCAUGUGCAUCACGCUAAACUUUAUUAAACCUCUCUGUAGGAUUGACUUAAUGGAGAUGCUGUAUUUAAAUCCCAGAAGGGGCUGGAUAAACACAUAGCUGAAGAAAUGUUGAUUAUUUUUUUUGGACUUUAGGAGAAGCAAAUAGUAUCACUGCUUUCAAAAAUGUGCAAUUUCAUCUAGCUGUAAUGUUUGCUGUAUUCAAUAUGGUGAUGAAUUUCAGAGAGAGAUCUCAAAUAUGUUGUCUUUAAGUUGCAAUGUUGAAUAAAUGAUAAUGUUUAGA